UUUUCCACGCCAAACAAAUUCUGAAAUAUUUUUUAUUGAUCAGUUGAAAAAUAAAUACGGAAACACGGUGUCAUGACUAGAUUUCCUGUCGUUACGUUGUAAUAAUGUCAAAAUAUUCGUGCUAUUGUUCCGUAGUUGCCGGAUGGUGAUAUUUUGGUGUUGUCUCUUAACAAAGGAUCACUUCAAUUUCUCGCCGACAAAAUAAUUGGGUUCAUUAUAAUAGCCCUGGACAUCAGUUGUAUCUGGCAUUCAAUGAAAGGUCAUACGCUUUAGUGCGGAUUAUUUUCACCCCGGGUGUUACAUUUUAUUUUUAUCUUGAUAUUUUUGUAAAGGUUAAAGGUGAAAAGAGGGCGUGACAUAUUGGGAAAAGGAACGCAAAUUUUUCAGUUUUACUACGAGAAUUUAAACUGCUCUAAGCAUUGAUGGACUUGUUUUUCUUUAUUAAAUAAACUGUGUUAAAUAUAUAUAGGAUUGUAAGGUGCAAUUUCAGAAAUCUUUAGGAGAAAGUGUUGCGUUAUUGUAAUAUUCAAAUUAAGUAUAGAUUUAGGAAAUAAAACAAAGGAAUUAAGCAUGGCAGAGAGUGAGAUUAAGUUAACUGUUGGUGAAGAAAAGGUGACCACUGCAGAUGUCACAAAAGGGGAGCAUAUUGAUUUGAAAUUCAGAGAUCCGGAACAUCUACAUGACCAUGUUAAGGUUCAGUUCCACGAUGUAUUUGGAGAACCAGACGAAACAGUCUUCUCUUUUGACUUAGUAUGGAGAUGGGCUUUCAAGCUCUUCACCAACGUGAAAUUAUGGUGUUACAGAAUUACCUCCCUUAUCUGCGGGUUACCGCUUGCAAUAUUUUGGGGCAUGUAUUUCGCAAUAUUGUCAUUCUGUGCAAUCUGGUGUUGGGAACCCUACAUGAAGGCCUAUGCAAUCGAACUCGGCUGUGUCAGAAGAAUCUUCGAGACCAUGCUGAACGCUUUUUACAGACCAUGCUUUGAAGUCAUCGGAUACUGUUUCUAUAACAUCCGGAUUCAGAAAGUAUAGGGCAAAGGAUCACGUGACGGCUAACUUCUUUUAAAUGUAGCAGUGUUAUUGAUUUGUGACAGUUUGACAGCUUUAAGCAUGGUGCUUACAUGACUAAAAAUUGUGUUCCGGCAGUAAAUAUAGAAGGAUAAUUAUGAGCAAGAUUGCCAGUCACACCUGACAGACGGACCUCCCGGCGCAAAAAAAAAGGACACGGAAUCGUUAUUUUUCUGUAUCAUACUGAAUGUAACGGAGUAGAUAUUCCAUUACAAGCUGAUAAUUGGUAUGAAAUGUUAUCAUAUGACCAGUACCAUUAAGUAUUUCAAAGUGUAAUCUUUAUUUCGAUUGGCAGCAACACUUGCUAUAGUUUGGAUACGCCUAUAUCCCCCACUCGCAGAAUAUCUUGACCUGUGUGGAAGUCAUUUUAUAUUUACUUGUUUGAAAUAUACACUGCAUAAUACAAAAAAAAACUGAAUAUAUGUAACUGUCUGCCCUACAUAUUAUACUUGUAUAGGUCUAUUUUAUUUACGUCUUACGUGAUUCUUUUUUUAUUAAAAGCAUGGUAGCUUCGAUUACUCAGGGGUUCUUCUUUGUAUGUAUCAUUCUUGCAUAACGGACUGGAGUUUCCGGUGUUUUCAGCCGUGUUUUCAACGGCUUACAACCCGUUGUAAAAGAUGACUCCCGUGCAUGAUGCUGUAAGUAACAUCAUAACGAACUACACUCAUUGUGAAGUAGAUUCGGAGUACUAGUUUUUCAUGUAAAACAUAGUAUACGAGAAAUGCGUUAAAAGUUACACUACAAUAAUAAUUCUAUAUGUUGUAGUUCACGUUUGAAACGCCAUGGCGUCAUUUACGGACGUUCUUUUUUUUUAGAAACGCGCCUUUGAAAAAAGUAGUGCUAUUACGGAGGUAAUUCGUACGAUUUUACUUCUUCUAAUAUUAGUAUAGUACGCCAUGCAAGAAAAAAAAUCUAUCACUGAAAGUAGUGCAGAUGGAAAUACUCGGCUCUCGGGUAACUUUUCAUCCGAUAAAUCAGUAGACCUCGUUACCGCCAAAAACAGUCCUGUCGGAUAUUCCCAUCUGCACCUUCAGCCAAUGAAAGAUUCUUAUAUUCUUAAACAUUGCUAGCGUUAAUCAGGAUGCGUAGUCCAAAAGGGUAAAAAUGUAUCAAUGUAUGCAAUUAUAAAUUUCUUGUUGAAGUUUUAUUACAGUACUAGUAUUAGCGUAUAAAUAUUCCUAGCUGUAUUUGCGGCCAGGAACAGACCUUAUUUUACUUUGAUUUUUAAUUUCGUUUAUAGUGCGGAAUAUUAAUCUUUUCACAUGUAGUUUAUGUUCAUGGUAUUAUUCAAAUAUGUCGUAAAUAUUAUAUCAAUUUAAUAUGUUCUGUAUUGUAUAAGAAGUAAAAUAAAUUAUACAAAUUUAA